AUGUCAACAAUCGGCACAACAACAGUUCAAACAACAACAGCACCUAACUCGUUAGUCAUGAAUCCUACGUCAAUGUUAGUAGAGAUGAAAAGCUUCAUUCCUUCUUCAUAUACUUUCGAAACAAAAAUCCAGAAGAUAAAGCAAGAACUUUUAACAAGUAAUUUAGACUGUAGUGCGAAAGAUGAAGAAAAUGAAGAAUAUCUUUAUGAAAUGCAGGACCUCAUCGACCAUUUACCCAAAUUGCCUGAAAUUCAGCAACAAAAACUAACCAUUCCUGAAUUCGAUGAAAUUGAAGUCAAAGCAACUGACUCAGUAGAAAUAAAGAAGUUCAUACGAAAGGUAAACUAUGAGUUUCUAGGAUUUCAUUGCAACCAUAAAGUUAUGGACAAAGAUUGCGACAUGGUAUAUAAGAACAUCUCUGACAUA